AUGGAUAAAGAAAAUAUGGAUUGUGGAAUAAAUGCAGAACAUUGUAACAAUAUAGUGGAUUCCACAGUAGAAAACAUGUAUGUAAACAAAGUAUGGGUACAAUGUGAGAAUGAAAAUUGUUUGAAAUGGAGGUUGUUGUCAAGUGAAGAUGCAGCCAAAGUUGAUCACAAUGAAUCAUGGUACUGCUUCAUGAACACCGAUUCAAGAUACAAUAGAUGCUCUAUUUCUGAAGAAGACUUUCCAGAAGAAUCUCAGCUUCAUCAAAAUGGAUUUAAGAUUGUGUAUUCACUGCUCCCUCUUGGAAGCCUGGUUUUGGUCAAAUUAUGCAGUUGGCCAAGCUGGCCAGGGAUACUUUGCCCUGAUCCUUUUAAAGGGAAAUAUGUGGCCUAUGACCUGGAUGGAAAUGUUGAACAGUAUCACAUAGAAUUCCUGGGUGAUCCCCAUUCAAGAUCAUGGAUAAAUGCAACAUUUGUUGGACAUUAUAGUAUUACAUUAAAGCCAGGAGAAUGUAAGAAUAAAAAGAAGUGGUAUCAAAGUGCACUGCAAGAAGCAUACCUACAUUAUGGAUAUUCUCGUGAGCAAAGACUGGAGAAGUGCUACCUAUCAAAACAGGAUAAAUCCAAAGCAGAUACCAAAGUUGCCGUGGUGGCCAAAAAAAAGAUGCAAGGUUUCAAAACUAAUGUUGAAAAGAAAAAGACCAAAUUUAGGAAAAGUAACAGGAAAGCUGUUUUAAAAUGCUCUUUUGAAAAUGUUUGUUCAGAUGAUGCCUUAUCAAAGGAAAACAUGGUUGUCUCUGAGACAGAGGUUUUACUGAAAGAACUGGAGCAAAUGCUACAGCAAGCACAAGAGCCCACAACAACACCUGCUGAGUCUGAAGAUGUUGGAGAGGAAACAAAUUCGGGAGAAAAGCUAUCUAAAUGCAGCCCUGAAGCUCCUGCGAGCAGUCUACUUGACAACUGCUAUGAAGAGGACUAUCUUGUAAUUGAUGGAAUAAAAUUAAAAGCUGGAGAAUGUAUUGAGACUAUAACUAACAAGUUUAAAGAAAUUGAUGCUUUGAUGUCUGAAUUUUAG